UUUUCCCCACAAUUCAUAAUUCCCCUUCUGCUCUAUCUCCUCUCUCUCACCAACCGCCUCAAUCCCUUCUCUCUCCGCAACUGCAACCUCUCUCCACAAUCCGAAUGCGGUAAAACACAUCGGCCCUCACUCUCUCCCCACACUUUCUCCGAUUCCGUGGUCGGAACAACCGCGUCCGUUCGCCGCUGCCGUCGUGCGUUGCGCGUUUUCUCUAGGGCUUUUUUGGUCAGUGCGAUUAGUAGGUUUUUAUCGGGCAUCAGAAUCCGACGCCGUUGGCCGGGUUUCUAGCGGCGCCAUGGCUCCAGGGCGCAGACGAGGAGCGAAAGGAGGGAAGACGAAGAGCGCGUUGAGCCUGGGCGAUCUGGUCCUCGCCAAGGUCAAGGGCUUCCCCGCGUGGCCUGCCAAGAUUAGCAGACCGGAAGAUUGGCAGCGAGCUCCUGACCCCAAGAAAUAUUUUGUUCAAUUUUUUGGAACAGAAGAAAUAGCUUUUGUUGCGCCUGCGGAUAUUCAAGCAUUUACAAGUGAGACGAAGACUAAAUUGUUAGUUCGAUGCCAAGGGAAAACAGUCAAGUACUUUGCUGAAGCUGUGAAGGAAAUAUGUGGAGCAUUUGAAGUGUUGGAGCAGAAAGAUUCUAGCGGUUUAGGAGAUGAUACUGACAGAUCAGCCCGUGGGUCUGAGGUUCCAUCUGUUGAUGGGGUAGAAGGUGGUGCAGUAGAGGUUUACUUAAAAGAUGGUAUUCAGAAAGAUGGAACAAAUGGAGAAACAGAGAUUAGGGGUGGUCGCGGUUCUGGGUUGGAGCGUUGCUCAUGGAAAAAGCAUAAAACGUCAAGUGAGAGUGCUCGCACAUCUAAAGGGUUAGUGUUAGCAUCCAGUCCACCUAAUGGAUCUGUCCCCAAGGAAGAAAUCUGCAAUGUCAAACAAGAAGAUAGUGUUAUUUGCCCCGAAGAUUCUAAAGGAGGGACACCUGCUGUAGGCUUGGAAACUAAUCAUAAUGAUGGUGUAUGCGAUGCAAAAGGAGAUGGCCAAAAGAAUAAAUCUUCACCAUUGGUUGGAUCAGUUCGUGCUAAGCACUCUGUUGGUGGCAAUAACUUGCUGACAAAUGGUCACCAGUUGGAGAAAAUGAUGAGCGGUUUGAAGAGGAAUCCCAAAGAUGAGCAUGCCAAAAACAUAAUUCAAAGAAAAAGUGCUUUGGGUAGCAGCGCAAAGGAAUCAUCCCCAGAUCUUAAAUCAGAUGGAAAUGCUGUUAGUCGAAAUAAAACAAAAAAGAUGGCGAAAGAUGGGAAAGAUUUUGGGUUAGCAAAUGAUGGGAAGAAGGAUGCUGAAGGCAGUCUUGAGGAGCAGGCCAAGGACAAACUUUCUGGAUUUAAAAAGGGGGAUCACAUUGGACCUGCAAAGCGUGAUUCAGUAAUUAAUGAAGUUUCACAUCCUGCCAAAAGGUCUAAACAUGCAGAUAUGAAUAAUGGCUCCAAGGGAUCAUUUCAUACUACCAGAAAAAUUGAUUCUCGGAGUCCUAAUGUUCCCGUGAGAAAAACAGAGAAUAUGGAGCUUAAACCGUCUACAUCCCAUUUGAAAACUGAAAAUCGUACAUCAUCACUAGUGCACACAGGUAGUGUGCCUUCCAACAUUCCUUCUGAUGAAGAAGGUCUGCCACCGACGAAGCGCCGAUGCAGGGCAUUUGAGGCAACGUCUGAUUCUGCUAUUAUAACUUCUGACGAUAGAACAGAGAAAUUUUCUGGUGCCAUGAAAGAUGAUCUGUUGUAUUCUGAUAAAAUUAAAUCUCCAGUUACUCAGUUGCACGCUAAGCGGAGAGCUGUUCGCCUAGUUGAUGAAGAUAAUGAAGAGGAGGCCAGAACUCCAAUUCAUGGGGGAUCUUUAAGCAAGAUUCAUGCUUCUUCAGGUGUUUCUGAUUGUGUGACGAAUGCUGAUGUAAAAAAUGAAGUUUCUGCUCUUGGUCGACCUAGCGGAAGGGAUUCUAGUGAAGUUGAAGUUGGCCAUUCGAAGGAAUGCUUCCCUUCUUCGAAGCUGCUAAAUGAAUCUUCGUCACCCCAUGCUGAGCAACAUGGAGAGAAAAGGCCAAAAAAGGCACUUGCUGCUAAUAUCUCCCAUUGUCCUGGGAAACCUGAAUUGGAGAGAGCAUCUUCCAAGGAGUCCAAAAAACCUUUGACUUCGCCGAAAAAGUCUCCUUGGUCUGGUGCUACUAUCAAAACAUUGUCAGAAACACCAAACAUCAGUAGACAAUCAAAAGUAUCUGGUGCUGGUACUCAGAAGAAAAUUCAAUCAGGUUCUGGUAAAGCCCCUAGUAUUGUUUCUGAUAGCUUGAUUCAUUAUCAUAAUCAAGGGACAACUCAAAGAAGUAUGUCAUUAUCUUCUGGAGAAAGAUCAAAAAGUACAAUGGAGAAUAGUUACUUUCUUGGUGAAAGAAUGGAAGCUGUUGGAGACGAUAAAACGAGUUCAUUGAUUGAUUUGAAGACCUCAGAUUCUGCAACGUCUAUUAAGCAUUUAAUUGCUGCAGCUCAGGCAAAAAGGAGACAAGCUCAUUCACAAAAUAUUUCGCAUGGCAAUGCCGGUUCUCUUUCGGCACCCUCUACUGAGAUGUCCGGGAGGAGCCCCAGUCCUGUAGCUUCUUUCCAGCCCUUCAUAUCAGGCUCCAGUAACCAUUUGCAGCCAGAUGUACAGGGAUAUUAUCCUCGCACAUCUAUGGCUUCUCCCCAUGGUCACCUGGUUUCGUCAAAUAAUCAACCUGAUGAUGAAGAAUUUGAGGAGGGAAGAGUGAGUUCUGGACACCGGCCUGCGGGGGGUUCUCUCAGUGGUGGUACCGAGGCAGCUGUUGCUCGUGAUGCUUUUGAAGGGAUGAUUGAGACACUAUCAAGGACGAAAGAAAGCAUUGGACGUGCAACUCGUCUGGCUAUUGAUUGUGCAAAGUAUGGCAUUGCCAACGAGGUUGUAGAACUUCUCAUUCGAAAGUUGGAAAGUGAGGCUAGCUUUCAUCGCAAAGUGGACCUGUUUUUCCUGGUGGACUCUAUUACCCAGUGCUCACACAGUCAUAAAGGCAUAGCAGGAGCAUCAUACAUUCCCAUAGUUCAAGCAGCAUUGCCUCGCCUUUUAGGAGCUGCUGCUCCUCCUGGUGCUGCUGCUUCUGAAAAUCGCCGUCAAUGCAUCAAGGUUCUACGAUUAUGGCUUGAGAGGAAAAUCUUACCCGAGUCUCUUCUUCGCCGUUAUAUGGAUGACAUUGGAGUUCCAAAUGACGAUGCAUCUGCCGGUUUUUUCCUUAGGCGCCCAUCUCGAGCGGAACGUGCUGUAGAUGAUCCAAUUAGAGAAAUGGAAGGCAUGCUUGUUGACGAGUAUGGGAGCAAUGCUACAUUUCAGUUGCCUGGCUUCUUAUCUUCUCAUGCGUUUGAAGAAGAUGACGAAGAUGAUCUUCCAAGUUGUUCGUAUAAGGAAGCUGCUGGUGGAUCACCAGUGGAAUCAGUACCAGCUACAGGAGAGGGUGAAGCAUGUGCAGUCACUCCAAAUGACAGACGGCAUUUUGUGUUAGAGGAUGUGGAUGGUGAACUCGAAAUGGAAGAUGUAUCUGGGCACCCCAAGGAUGAAAGACCCUCGUUUGUGAAUGGUUCAUUUGAGUGUGCCUCGGAAUGGCAAGGUUCAGAUGAGAUUUUGGAAACAGAUUUGAACUAUUCUAAUGAGUUGGACCCUGUUCACGAGGGUUCUCCGCCAUUACCUUUCGAUUCCCCUCCUCCAACACCACCUCUGCCUCCUUCACCACCACCUCCACCAUCCCCAGCCCCCCCUCCGCCUCCAUCAUCAUCACCACCACCACCACCGCCACCUCCUCUUCCUUCGUUGUUAAAUGACUCAAAUCCAGUUCCUCUGCCAUCGUCCGUUCCUCACCCAUCAUUGCUUCCUCAACCAUCAUUAUCACCUCAACCUUUAGUCAUUUCGCAGCACAUUCAUGUGUCUCAGUCAUCAACACCAUCUUCACCGAAAUUGACUUACCAACCACCUCUACCGCAUGAAUACAGCAGCACACCAAGUGGGAACAAGCUUGUCCAAAUGACAGUGAAUACUCCUCACGGGCUUCAUAUUGAUGCCACUAUCAGAAAUGAAAUGUAUGCCCAUCAAUCAUCUUGCUUUGUGGCAGCAGGAGUGGGCAACAACCCACAUGAACCUUCCGGAUUUACUUCCUCAAGGCCAUUAGAUUAUGGACAUCAUGACUCAUAUCUUAAUUCCCAACCUUCUCAACCCAUUCAACCAUUUCAAACAGGUAAUGCUCCUCUUGGACAAAGACCUUUCCAUCAUGCGCCACCUCCUCGAACCCCAUCCAGUCAUUAUUUGUAUCCAGCUUCAACAGUCCAGCAAAAUCCUUAUCCCCGGCCAUACUCAUUGCUGAACCUUCCUGAUGGUCCAAGGCGAUAUGUGGCUGAUGAACACUGGAGGAUUUCCACAGGUGAGUUCAACACAGAUAAACAGCGAGGUGUGUGGAUGAGUGGAGGCAGAGCAUCAAGUUCAGGGCUGGGGCUACCGUUUGCCCAUGAAGGUUAUUUUCGGCCUCCUCUUGAAAGGCUACCUGUGAAGAAUGUUGGUUUUCAGCCAGCUGCCCCAAGUUCACUGCCAGCUGGAGUUUCAGUUCCAGUUCCAGGUCACACUGUCUCUCAAUUGUUGCCUAGUAGACCAGAUAUGACAGCUCUUAAUGGUUGGAGGCCUUCUUAAGAAAGCCUGCAACUCCAUUAUAGAUCUUUGGGGGCUGUGGCGUAAGUAGGAAGUAUGCAUUCAUAAAUUUCCAUAAGAUGGUUCAGCUUUUGGGUGAAAUUUGACCAACACUUAAUGAAGGUGUUGAGAACCUGUGGUGGAUCUUGACUGGGUUGUACAUAUAAUUUUCCCUGCCAAAUGCCAUCCCUCAAACAUUCGCUUCCAAAGUGUAAGCCCUUUACUGAUUUAGUACAUUGUUAGCACUUGUAAUUAUACCUGACAUACUAUACAAUAGAUUUUUUCUUUAUCCACCAAAUUUUAGUUUUUAUGUGA